AUGAAAAAAAUUGUCAAGUUGAUCGACACUAAUGGUGACGGGAUGGUCACAAAAGAUGAACUGAAAAAGUGGAUAUCAGAAGUUGCAGUAAAGGUGAGGGAAAAUGAGGCUAAACAGCAAUGGGCCCAUGUGAAUCGUGAAGAGUCACUAGAAAUCGAUUGGGAGGUUUACUCGCUGAACGCAUUCGGACCAGAAGAAGUAACAGAAACCUUUUUAAACAAAGCCCGAGCAGAGGAUACUGAAAAUAUAAAGCAAUAUCUGAAGGUGAUUAGGAGAGAUAAACGCAGAUGGGAGGCUGCAGAUUUAGACGGAAACGGAAGGCUGAAUCGGGAAGAAUUCUCGGACUUCGUGCGAGCAGAAGACAGGCCACACAUGCUAGAUGCGCUAGUUGAGGAAACUGUGGAAUCAAUGGACAACGAUGGAGACGGCCAGAUAUCACUUGAUGAGUACAUAGCUGACGUGGCGAGGUCGCUUGGUGAACAAAAUGGCAACGAGAGCAAUAAUGACUGGCAAAAGCGAUUCAGGGAAGAGUACACAUCAUACAGGGACAAGAACAAAGACGGGCAUCUUGACAAAGAUGAAAUAAAAGAUUGGAUAUGGCCAAAGGGUUACGACCCAAUCGAAGCAGAGGCGCAGCAUCUUAUGUUUUAUGCGGACUCAGACAAGGAUGAGAAGUUGACGGUAGAGGAAGUAAUUGAUAAGUACGACCUGUUCGUCGGGAGCCAAGCAACGAACUACGGAAGGUCUCUCGAGAAGGAGGAGUUAUGA